UAAGUGAUUAUUUACCGGAGUCAAAGAGGACAAGACUAGAAAUAUCGUCAGAACUAAACGACAAACCGUUCUUUAGUUUAUAUAAUCUUCAGAAUGGACAAUAAAUCCUUUGAAAUGGCCGAGGGGGGUGUUGAUGAGAAAAAAGAACAGUCCUCUGAGGAGAAGAAAAGCCCAGCAAAUCAAGCAGCUGAGGCAGAGACCGAGAGCGAGGCAUUGAAGCCGAGCGAGAUGGAAAGUGUGGAGUUGGAAGAAGCUGAAAGACCAUCAGCUCUCUCGGCAAAAGACAUCAAACGCGAAAAGUUCAAAAUCAUGAAGAAUAUGCUGAUAGUUAGUUUUGGCUUCCUGUUCCUGUUCACUGCUUUCCAAUCGCUUCAAAACUUACAAAGCAGCUUGAACCCUGACAAGGGACUUGGCUUGGCUUCCCUUAGUGUCAUCUAUGCUGCACUGAUUCUAUCUUGUAUGUUUGUACCUCCUUUCAUGGUAGGGAGGCUGGGAUGUAAAUGGACAUUAGUGAUUUCCAUGAUUGGAUAUGUCUUGUAUACGGCAGCAAAUUACCAUGCAAGAUGGUGGACACUAAUACCAGCUUCUAUUAUUAUUGGGGCGUCAGCUGCUCCUCUAUGGUCCGCAAAGUGUGCCUACMUUACAACCACUGGUAUACGAUACUCAGAAAUCAACAAGGAAAGUCAUGACUCGGUCGUUACACGUUUCUUUGGUAUCUUUUUUCUUAUCUUUCAAAGCGGGCAAAUAUGGGGAAAUCUCAUCUCAUCACUUGUUCUUGACUCUGGUAGCCCGGAUUACUUCCGUCCCGACGCAGGGGAGGUAUGUGGGGUACAUUUUUGCGCUGAAGUGAAGAGCAACCUCACAAACGUUACAGAUACACUGGCAAAACCUGAGUACAGUUUGGUGGUGAAGCUACUAAGCAUCUAUCUGGCCAGUGGAGUGAUUGCAGUACUACUUGUUUUGUUACUACUGGAUAGACUUUCAGGAAAUCUUUCUCGUAAAAAAGAUUCUGUAUCAGGAGUCAGUUUGCUGCUUGCUACCUUCAUGCAUUUGAAGGAUCGUCGUAUGCAGCUUGUUUUGCCCAUCACAUUCUUCAGUGGCAUUGAACAAGCGUUUAUUUUCGGAGAUUUUACAAAGGCAUUUGUUACAUGUUCCCUUGGAAUACACAAAGUUGGUUUCAUCAUGAUAUGUUUUGGUGUCAGCGAUGCAGCAUUUUCUUAUCUGUUGGGUAAAUUGACCCAGUAUACAGGUAGAAUGGCUAUAUUUCUUAGCGGUACCAUCGUUCAUUUGACUGCGUUAAUCAUCAUGUUAGCCUGGAGCCCCAGUAGUGACCUUCUCUGGGUGUUUUACAUCUUGGCUGCUCUUCAAGGCUACUGUGAUGCUGUAUGGCAGACGCAGAUUAACGCAUUAUAUGGUAUCUACUUCAGUGAUAACCAGGAACCAGCCUUUUCCAACUACCGUUUGUGGGAAUCACUAGGGUUUGUUGUUGCGUAUGCUUACUCUAAUGCGCUGUGCGUUCGAGUCAAGCUGAUUAUCUUGAUUAUAGUACUGGGUAUUGGUACCAUUAUGUAUUUAGCAUCGGAGUUUGUUCACAGAAUAAGAGUCAAAGAACUUUCUUUGGCAUCUGAAGAAGGCGAAGCUAAUGCUCUUAAGCCUCUUUGAAUUAACGAAUCAAUUUUAAUUGAUGAAGCAGUUGAACUGUACGACUGAGACCAGUGAAGGUCAAGCUGAGUGCAGAUGAAGCUAAACAUUGUAUAUGUAUAAAAUGUUUGGGCUCGUAUUUUUAAGGGGGGGAGGGGACGUGACAAAAAGAAGAAUACAAAUGAAGGAAAAUGAAUUUCAUAAAUCUGCAAGACCAAAAAAAUAUUGUUUCUCUGUAUAAAUGACACAAGACAAUCUUUCAAGACGAACUAUUUAAUAUAUUUACAUACGUGUUUUAAAAACCAGCAUUAAUUUGUUUGUCGGGGUUUUUUUCGGGGGGGGGGGAGUGAGUGGUACUUUUGAAGCAACUAAUAAUGUUAUCACUAAAAUUUAUCAAUGUAAUCUUUUUUUUGUCUAAUAAACAAUUUGCACGCCC